ACAUUUAGGUUUUCAAAUUAUAUAAAGUAACAUAAAAAAUGUAGUCUUUUUACCUGACUUAAUUCAAACUUCUCUUCUCCUUAUGAGAAGUUGGUCCAAACAAGAUUUAAGAAAACCUCUUAAAAAACAAAGGGAGCUUUUAUUUUGAAAAGAAAAAACAAAUAAAAGGAACUUCUACAAAAGAUGUUGGGAGGAACUUCAGAUGUUUUCUUUUUGCAAAUUACUUUACCAGGAUAUUCAAUAUAAUAGUUUAUAAAUUUUUAUUUGUUAAAAAAAAUCUGUAUUACAGUUAACCAAUUAAAUUUAAACAAUUCAAAUAUUUUAUUUUAUUAUGAGAUUAAUAUAUUGCUGAUUUGUGAUUGAUAAACUGAUAGCAUUUUAAUCAGUUAAGAGAUGGGAUUAAAUUUUGAUACACAUGUUUAUUCUUAAUCUAUAAUAAUCACUCACAUUAUAUAUAUAAAAAAUCUUAAGAUUUCUUAAAAUAGAUUCCCUUUUUCCUCUGCACAAGAUUGACCAUAGAUUUUAAAAUAAAUUUCCCACUUGGAGUGGAAAACCACCAAAACAAAACCAACCUUUUUUCCUUUCUCUCUACCUACCUCUAGUUUCUAAUUUUCAUCAAACAGAUCAAAAAUAAUAAUUAUCCUUCUUCUUCUUGUUACAUUAUUUUCCCUCCUUAUCAUAUCCAUCUGCAAGAUUUAAACAAUCUUUUUCUGCAAAGUUCAAUAACAAAUUAUAUAAAUGAUUUUUUUAUAUGCUGCUAUUGCAUUGGUAAUGCAAGUUUGACAGAUGAAAGAAUCCUCUAUUAGGAUUUCAUAUAACAGAAGGUGAAAGUUGCUCUAUAUCAAAAGAGGAUUAACAAGGAAAAAAUGGUAUAUAAUGGAAACAAAACAUCUGCAUACAUAGUGUGUUAUGCACCAACCAUGAUUACAACGAAUGGAAUAUGGCAAGGAGAUAACCCUUUGGAUUAUUCUCUCCCACUUUUCAUCGUGCAAUUAACUUUAGUUGUUGCAGCGACUCGCAUUUUCGUCUUCAUUCUCAAGCCCUUUCGCCAGCCACGCGUCAUAGCCGAAAUUCUGGGCGGAAUAAUGUUAGGUCCUUCGGUACUCGGAAAAAACAAAGAAUUUGCCAAUGCAAUUUUCCCUCUAAGAAGUGUGAUGGUGAUUGAAACAAUGGCGAAUGUUGGUUUACUUUAUUUCCUCUUCUUGGUUGGUGUGGAGAUGGACCUAACUAUUUUGCGCAGCGUAGGGAGAAAGGCGAUUUUUGCAGCAAUUUCUGGCAUGAUUUUGCCUUUCAUCAUUGGUGCUACUUUUUCCUUACUUUUGAAUAAACAGACUAACAGUGACAUAAACCAAGGAACUUAUAUUCUGUUCAUCGGAGUCGCUCUAUCUGUCACUGCUUUUCCUGUUUUAGCUCGCAUCCUCGCCGAGCUAAAACUUAUUAACACGAAUUUAGGAAGGCUCGCUCUUUCGUCUGCACUCAUUAAUGACGUCUGCGCUUGGAUUCUCUUGGCUCUAGCAAUUGCAUUGGCUGAAAAUGAAAUGUCUUUUGCUUCCCUUUGGGUUUUAUUGUCGGGCGUGGCGUUUGUCGCCUUUUGUAUUUACGCCGUUCGACCAGCAGCUGCAUGGAUGAUUAGGAAAACACCCGAAGGCGAAUCGUUCAGUGAAUUCUAUAUAUCUCUUAUAUUAGCCGGUGUUAUGAUCUCCGGUUUCAUCACCGAUGCUAUUGGAACACAUUCUGUUUUCGGAGCUUUUGUGUUUGGUUUGGCGAUUCCGAACGGACCACUCGGUGUUACUCUUGUGGAAAAGCUUGAGGAUUUUGUUUCGGGACUUUUGCUCCCUCUAUUUUUCGCAAUCAGUGGGUUAAAAACCGAUUUAGGACUCGUUCGAGGGUCUUGCACUUGGAGUAUUCUUAUUACUGUCAUUUUUCUUGCUUGCAUCGGCAAAGUUGUUGGAACUCUAGCUGUUGCAUUCUUUUAUCAAAUGCCGAUCCGCGAAGGUGCUACCCUCGGAUUACUUAUGAACACAAAAGGCCUUGUUGAAAUGAUUGUUCUCAAUGUUGGAAAGGACCAAAAGAUUUUCGAUGAAGAAUCAUUUGCCGUCAUGGUGAUUAUAACGUUAAUAAUGACCGGAAUAAUUGUACCUGCUGUAUCGGUCAUUCAUAGACCAUCAAGGGGAAGCAUACAUUACAAAAGAAGAACAAUUCAGAUAUCAAAACCAGAUGGAGAAUUUAGAAUACUAGUUUGUGUCCAUAGUCCUCGAAAUGUGGCAACAAUGAUCAACCUCCUUGAAGCCUCGAAUCCGACAAAGAAGUCGCCGAUAUGCCUCUACAUGCUUCAUUUGGUCGAACUCAGCGGCCGUACAUCAGCAAUGCUUAUUGUCCACAACUCAGCGAAACCAGAACAGACAGCAAUUAACCGAACAGAAGCUCAAUCCGAUCACAUAAUCAACGCAUUUAAAAACUACGAACAAAACACUUCAUUCGUCUUCGUCCAGCCUUUAACAGCAGUUUCCCCUUACUCAACAAUGCAUGAUGAUAUAUGCAAUUUAGCACAAGAUAAACAUGUAUCACUAAUAAUCCUCCCGUUUCAUAAACAACAAACAGUGGACGGCGGAAUGGAACCAACAAACAUGUCGUUUCGAACAAUCAACCAAAACGUACUAGCAAACGCCCCUUGCUCGGUCGGAAUUCUAGUCGACAGAGGCUUCAACGGUAUAAACCGACUAGCCUCAGAUCAAGUAUCACAUAACAUAGCAGUAAUGUUCUUCGGUGGACCGGACGACAGAGAAGCGUUAAGCUACGGAUGGAGAAUGUUCGAACACACCGGUAUAAGCCUGACUAUAAUGCGGUUUGUCCUGGGCGAAAAAGCAAGUCAACCGCUUCGAAAACAAGGUCAAAACGUAAUCAAUUCAAAUGAACCAAGCGUGUUAACAGUUGCAACAGAUAAUGAUAUAGAAAAACAAAUAGAUGAUAAACUAAUACACGAGUUCAGAAUAAGAUACGCGAACGAUGCUUCGUUUAACUACAUUGAGAAAGUAGUUAACAACGGAGAGGAAACAGUAGCAGCAAUAAGAACAAUGGAUGAUAUACAUGAUCUAUUUAUAGUAGGAAGAGGUCAAGGAAUGAUAUCACCAUUGACAGCAGGGUUAACAGAUUGGAGUGAGUGUCCUGAGAUGGGUGCAAUAGGUGAUUUAUUAGCUUCAUCAGAUUUUGCAGCAGCUGCUUCAAUUUUGGUAGUUCAACAAUAUAUUGGAAUAGGAUCAAAUGGUGAUGGAUUAGAAACACCAGAUAAUAGUGACGAGUAUAGUAAUAGUGCUGACAUAAAUCAUAACUCUGGAACAGCAAGAGGACAUACUGUUUUUAAUACAGAAAGAAUAGCUCCUCAUAGUUUAUAGAAAAAUAUGGAAAAUUUUGUAUUAUGACUUCU